GUAACUUUCCACAACACUGUUUCUAAUUGAUUUUGCAUUCUAAACACUUAAUGAAAGCUAUGUUUGUUUUUUCGUGUCCACCUUGAGCUCAUAAACUCUCAAAAACCAUUCAGAAUAAAUAAAAAAAAAAAUUAUGAAAUAUGGGCAGAAAUAGUAAAAAAGAGGCUGUCUGAACCCGUUUUAUGUUAUAGACAAUAGGACGAAUUUAAAUAAAGAAUAAACUGAAUGAUCUGCAAAUGUGUAUAAAAUCUUUGUCUGUUUUGCAGUUUGAGAAAAUGGAGGAUUGCAAAGGCGUUCAGUGUGAGGUCUGGAAAAAUGUCAAAGAGGCUGGCCAUAAGAAGAAUACAUACCGUCUGUGGGUCACACGUGGAGAGGCAGCUUAUUCUCCAGUCACACCACAACGCUUUGAGAUAGAGGGCUUCAACUCUCUUCUGGGAUCCCACAAUGACAAAUACAGCAUUGAGUACAGCGACUUCAGCUCACAAACUGAGCCUGAUAUUUUCACUCCACCUGCAGGAUUUACCUGUGAAGAGUUUCCUGAGGAGCGACAAAUAUUAGCCAAUCCCUUUCAAGACUAUGUCAACACCCACCCUGUUAGCCACACCCACCUGAUGUUAGGCCCCUUUAAGGAGAAGUUUAAUCGACAGAAUGAAAGUGAAAAGGAGCACGAGAAACGCGAGAACCUCUUUCUGCAUACUUUCAGUUUUGUGCACUCCAACAACAGAGCUGGUCUUACAUACAGUGUUGGUAUCAAUCACUUCGCAGACAAGAAAGAGUUGACCAGGAUGACAGGAGGUUUACUUCCUAAAAAGAAAAAGGAGGAUGCAAAAAAGUCCACAGAAUAGUACAACUGACAAAAUAGUGGCAAACAAAUAAUUAGUUUAAUAAAUGUCUGUCAACAGACCUACACAGUUAUCUAAUGAGAAUUGCGGUAAUUUAAUCUUUUCUAACCAUAUAACUUGAUUAAAUUGAUUCUGUAUCUUCAAGCUUAUUUGGCAAACAAAUAUGAUUUUCAAACCCAACUGUACAUAAAUUCUGAUUAAACUAUAUAUGGAAACCACAUGUUUUUUCCCAAUAAACAAAUAGUUUUUUUGCUCAUUUUUGUCACCUUACAUUUUUUCUGUGUCGUUUAAUGUUUCAAAAAUAAUUUCCUAAAUCUCAUUUCCCUACAUUUCACUGGUAAGAAAUUAAACCUGUUUCGAUUUCUGCUGCUACAUUCAGACGGUAGGGUCAGAAUUUGGUGUCAACAACAUGAAAGCAU